GAUGAGGCCAGUUUAGUUUGCCUGCCUGCCUGCUAGUCCUCUGCAGACCUGAGGACUGGCUGCACACAGGGAGCCUGGUAAACUGACUUUCCAUGGAAGAUUAUUAACCGUGCAGGCUAUUUCACACUCACACAGCUGUAUGUGGCUGCUACUGGCCUGUUGUGUUUUUGUGAAGAAUGAACUGAGGUGCUUUUUCUACUUUCUUCUCAACAUACUGCUGAUUCUUCUAUGGGCACAGCUUGAGGUGCCGCGUCCAGUGCAGAAAAAUUAAAAAGGAGAGAGGAAGAAAAUGCCAGCGCCGCCUCCCCCACCCCCACCUGCCCCACCUCCUCCCACCUUUGCUCAGGCUAACACAGAGAAGCCAAAUCUGAACCGUUCAGAACAGCAGGGAAGAAAUGCUCUUUUGUCUGACAUUUCUAAAGGCGCCAGACUAAAGAAGACUGUAACCAAUGACCGCAGUGCACCUGUAUUUGACAAACCUAAAGGAGGAGGCGGCGGCGGUGGUGGAGGAGGAGGAGGAGGAGGAGGAAGUGGAGGUGGUUUUGGUGGAGGGGCUCCUGGUGGUUUAGGAGGCCUGUUCCAGGGAGGAAUGCCAAAACUGAGGUCUGCAGGGAGCAGAGACUCCAAUGACUCUGGAGGGCCCAGAGCCCCCAUGCUGCCCCCAGGAGGCCGCUCUGCUGGCCCCAGGCCCUUUGGUGGGGGUGGGGGAGGAGUUACCACUGGCCCCCCUAAACUGCCAGGAGCCCCGCCUGUUCCCCGUAGCAAUGCCCCUGAUCUCCCAAAGGGCCGCCCAAGUUUCUCAUCCAGAGUAGACACUCCAGGAGGCCCCCCACCCCCUGUACCUAGCACCCCUCGACCGAACCAGAGUUUCCAGUCCCGUGGUGGCCCUCCACCACCGGUCCCUGGAGGUCCCAGACCGGGCUCAGCCCCUGGACCCCAUCCUCCCAGCCUUCCGCAAGGGAGGCAUGGACCUCUCCCUCCCACACCAGGAGUUGCCUCGUCUGGGCCAAGAACAGGUGUUUCUCCGCCGGGUCCUCCACCCCCCAACAACUCCCGGCCUCCUUUACCGCCGGCUCCUGGAGGGAGACCGCCACUUUCAGAUGACCGCCCCCUACCACCUCCGGCUCCCGUUGGAGGUCAUCGACCAGCCAUGCCCCGCGAUGGGCCUCCUCCUCCCCCCUCUCUCAACUCCAAACCUUCCUCCUCCCCCAUAUCCUCCUCCUCCUCUCGUUCCUCUGUUGGUGGGGGUGCACCUCCCCUUCCACCAGGACGACCGGGUCCUCCUCCUGUCCUCUCUAGCCCGGCUGGAGGGGAUGACCACAGCACUCCCCGUCUGCCCCAGAGGAACCUCUCACUCAACAGCCAUGCUCCAGCCCCCCCACCAGGCCGGACAGGACCCCUCCCUCCACCGCCAAACGAGAGGCCACCUGCCCUGGGAAGAAACCAGUCGUCAGGACGCACAGGUCCACUCCCUCCCCCUCCACCAAUUGGUCGCACUGGGGGAAGUGUGAGGUCAUCACCAGCUCCCUCUCCUAUUGGCCGACCAGGCCCAGAGCCUCCUCGUGGAGGUCCCGGCAGCAGACCUCCCCUCCCUCCGGACAGACCAGGGACAGGUGGACCACCUCCCCCUCCGCCACCUAUGGGUAACGGCUUCCAAAACUCUCACCACCACCAGAUAACAGAUGAGUGGGAGUCCCGCUUCACUUUCCACCCGGUGUCAGACCUGCCUCCUCCUGAGCCUUAUGUACCCAGCCAGAAGACCUACCCUAGCAAGAUGGCAAAGAGCGAUGGCAGAGGUUCUGGUAAAAAGGAGAGAGGAGCUCCUCCGCUUCCUCCUAUACCCAGGUGAAAAGGAGGUCACAGCAGUCACCACACCUGGAAUGAAUUUCUCACUCUCUCUCUUUCUCUCUCUCUCUCUCUCUCUCUCUCUCUCUCUCUCUCUCUCUCUCUCUCUCUCUCUGUCUCCUUCCCUCCCUCCCUCCCUUUCUCUCUGUUGCUUUCAUACUGCUUUAACUUACAGCAUGUGGUUCAUGUAUGGACUCUAAUAUACCAAACGCAUUGAAGUACUGUUGACCAAGUAAAAGGACUUCACUAUGUGGAGUUAUCAGUACAGCCUGUUCCUCUGUAGCACCAGCAUCACGGCACCAAACUAAAGAUCAACACUUCAGCAGGGGCCCAGUUUAGACUCUGGCGCUUGGUUGCUGUGACACAUGAAACAUUGUGAGACGAAGUAGACAAGCAAUUUACAUAUCUGCUAUGAACAGCAGUGUUUUCAUGAACCAACCACGUUAUCUACAUUGGCUUCAUUCCCUUGCUCCGUUGAAGACAAUAUUGUAUGUCUUGAUUGCCUCACAAUGUUGGCCUUCUAAGUCAUGAGACUUCCUCAGAGAGCAGGAAACUAACUUUUUUAUUCACUGACCACAGUGGCUAAUGGAUUCUGUAAUCACCUAGCAGGUGUAACAUUUUACCAGCCAAACAUAAAUGUAGGAUGGAACACAACUUCUGAACAAUGUCCGCUGCCAAAGUAGCUGGUAGAGAAGCCAAAUAUUGCCAGCUUUUGGCUGGUAGCUUGUGUGAAUUCCCACUCUGUUUACUCAGCAGGAUUACGUAAAGCUAAGGCAAAGAAAAAAUAUGUAUCUUUUGACAGUGCUGAUGCCAGCAUUUAAGUCCCAGGGGUAUUAUGCAGCAGCAGUGACCAGAUAUUAUGCAUCAGUCAGCUUCCCCAGCUGUACUGAGAGGCUGUUGCUGCCUGUUUGAUAUCAGUGUUUUCCCUGUACCUUUUUCUAUUCAGGUUUGUAAUUUGAGGCUGCAUAUGAAAUAGCCAGGGAUACCUGUUGUGCCUUAAACUGUGUGUUUCAGUGUUUCCCCUGUGUUCAUUUAGCUGGAUUGGGCCGCACACAAAAAUACCACCUCUGUAUAUGCAAGUGUGUAAAUGGAGACAGUUAAAACAACCACAUUCCCGCAAUGCUGAAGAUACUGAGCAUUGAGCAAGUGUCUUAAUAACAUCAUUAGAACUUAAACUGUGACUAAAACAUGGACAGACAUGAACCAGACUGCCCAAAGUAAAAAUGACCCUGCCCUCCUGCCAGUGCUGCAACAGACAUCGGGGAAACACUGGUUUGAUUUGCCAAAGCCAUGUGUGCCUUUAUAGUAUGUGUAUCUCCAAAACUGAGUGAGGAGUUCCUUUUGGAACCGCUGAACGGUACGUUUAAUUUGUCUUGAUGUGACGCAAGCUUGCACUUGAUGUCGGUGACUGAGAUUGACUCUGCUUUAAAAGGACCAUAGUAUGGGGUAAAGGUGGCCUUAGUUUACCGCAGAACAUAUAAGGGUUCUUAUUUUGCUGUUUUGUUGAAAGCUGCCUUGGCGUAUGAAGGACCUAUGUAUGUAUCUGUAUGAUUCCAUCAAGUGCUAUUGAAGGGCUAUUAUUUUAAGUUAUGUUUCAGAACUGUGCAGUAUUACAUUUUUAAGCUUUACCCGGCACUGCUUUGAAUGGUCUUUUGUAUACUUGAUGUUGUAUUAUGAUCAUGUCAGAAAUUUUUUUUUCUAAAUGACAAUCAGAAAUGUUCCUAUUUACAUCAGUGAAUAAAUAAAUAAAUAUGCUUUAAGAAUGCUCUC